GAGAGGAGGGAACCGCCCACACUCCUGGCGGCCCCACCCCCUCCACCUGGCGGCGCGCGGGGCUGGAGGCUCUCUGGUUGCGGGACGCAACUGUGCCAGCUCGGGGCAGUGGGGCAAGGCGCAGGUGCAGCCAACAUGGGUGAGCCCCAGGGGUCCAUGCGGAUCCUAGUGACAGGGGGCUCUGGGCUGGUGGGCAGAGCCAUCCAGAAAGUGGUAGCAGAUGGUGCUGGCCUGCCUGGAGAAGACUGGGUGUUUGUCUCCUCCAAAGAUGCUGAUCUCACGGAUGCAGCACAGACCCGGGCCCUGUUUGAGAAGGUCCGACCCACGCAUGUCAUUCAUCUUGCUGCAAUGGUGGGGGGUCUCUUCCGGAAUAUCAAAUACAAUCUGGACUUCUGGAGGAAGAACGUGCACAUCAAUGACAAUGUCCUGCACUCCGCCUUUGAGGUGGGUGCCCGCAAGGUGGUGUCCUGCCUGUCCACCUGUAUCUUCCCUGACAAGACCACCUACCCUAUUGAUGAGACGAUGAUCCACAAUGGGCCGCCCCACAGCAGCAAUUUUGGGUAUUCAUAUGCCAAGAGGAUGAUCGACAUACAGAACAGGGCCUACUUCCAGCAGCACGGCUGCACCUUCACUGCAGUCAUCCCCACCAACGUCUUCGGGCCUCAUGAUAACUUCAACAUUGAGGACGGCCACGUGCUGCCCGGCCUCAUCCACAAGGUGCACCUGGCCAAGAGCAGCGGCUCAGCCUUGACAGUGUGGGGCACAGGCAAGCCUCGGAGACAGUUCAUAUACUCACUGGACCUGGCCCAGCUCUUUAUCUGGGUCCUGCGGGAGUACAGUGAGGUAGAGCCCAUCAUCCUGUCAGUGGGUGAGGAAGAUGAAGUCUCUAUCCAGGAGGCAGCUGAGGCAGUGGUGGAGGCCAUGGACUUCCAUGGAGAAGUCACUUUUGAUACAACCAAGUCAGAUGGGCAGUUUAAGAAGACAGCCAGUAACAGCAAGCUGCGGGCCUACCUGCCUGACUUCCGGUUCACGCCCUUUAAGCAGGCUGUGAAGGAGACCUGUGCUUGGUUCGCUGACAACUACGAGCAGGCCCGGAAGUGAAGCCAGGUGGUGAGAGCAAGCGCUGGUGGGUGCUCAGCUGGCAGAGAGCCCUGUGGCUGCCACCCCCAGACCCUGCCAGUAGCUGAGAACACUACCCAGCAACCUAGGCCCAUAUUCCAUCUUGCCCUGUGGUUCCAGGCAGCUGUCCAGCAGGGCCAACUCUUAUCUGUCCUCAGGGAAACCAAGGCCUGGCCAGGCCUAGCACUUUGCUCCCCACACUGGUUUCUGGUCAUGAGUGUGUCCACUCUGAUCCUGCUGCCCCUCUCCCAUGGAGCUAAUAAAGUGCAUUUUCACAGGCCUGGCCCCAGCAA